GAGGGUGGUAUGCAAAUAAGAACUGGCUCCGAUUGGCUGUGGUACAGCAGGUGCCGCGUCCGGAUUGAUCAAAGCCAGGUGGGCGGGGCUGUCGCCCAGGGUGACUCUCCCGGGAGGCGCGUGCCCAGGCUCAGUAGCAUUGGGGCUGGCGCGCGCGGCGAAUCUUAACGCUGCGCCGUCUGCGGGCGCUUCCGGGCCACCAGUUUCUCUGCUUUCCACCCUGGCGCCCCCCAGCCCUGGCUCCCCAGCUGCGCUGCCCCGGGCGUCCACGCCCUGCGGGCUUAGCGGGUUCAGUGGGCUCAAUCUGCGCAGCUCCACCUCCAUGUUGACCAAGCCUCUACAGGGGCCUCCCGCGCCCCCCGUGACCCCCACGCCGCCGCCAGGAGGCAAGGAUCGGGAAGCGUUCGAGGCCGAGUAUCGACUCGGCCCCCUCCUGGGUAAGGGGGGCUUUGGCACCGUCUUCGCAGGACACCGCCUCACAGAUCGACUCCAGGUGGCCAUCAAAGUGAUUCCCCGGAAUCGUGUGCUGGGCUGGUCCCCCUUGUCAGACUCAGUCACAUGCCCACUCGAAGUGGCACUGCUAUGGAAAGUGGGUGCAGGUGGUGGGCACCCUGGCGUGAUCCGCCUGCUUGACUGGUUUGAGACACAGGAGGGCUUCAUGCUGGUCCUCGAGCGGCCUUUGCCCGCCCAGGAUCUCUUUGACUAUAUCACAGAGAAGGGCCCACUGGGUGAAGGCCCAAGCCGCUGCUUCUUUGGCCAAGUAGUGGCAGCCAUCCAGCACUGCCAUUCCCGUGGAGUUGUCCAUCGUGACAUCAAGGAUGAGAACAUCCUGAUAGACCUACGCCGUGGCUGUGCCAAACUCAUUGAUUUUGGUUCUGGUGCCCUGCUUCAUGAUGAACCCUACACUGACUUUGAUGGGACAAGGGUGUACAGCCCCCCAGAGUGGAUCUCUCGACACCAGUACCAUGCACUCCCGGCCACUGUCUGGUCACUGGGCAUCCUCCUCUAUGACAUGGUGUGUGGGGACAUUCCCUUCGAGAGGGACCAGGAGAUUCUGGAAGCUGAGCUCCACUUCCCAGCCCAUGUCUCCCCAGACUGCUGUGCCCUAAUCCGCCGGUGCCUGGCCCCCAAACCUUCUUCCCGACCCUCACUGGAAGAGAUCCUGCUGGACCCCUGGAUGCAAACACCAGCAGAGGAUGUACCCCUCAACCCCUCCAAAGGAGGCCCUGCCCCUUUGGCCUGGUCCUUGCUACCCUAAGCCUGGCCUGGCCUGGCCUGGCCCCCAAUGGUCAGAAGAGCCAUCCCAUGGCCAUGUCACAGGGAUAGAUGGACAUUUGUUGACUUGGUUUUACAGGUCAUUACCAGUCAUUAAAGUCCAGUAUUACUAAGGUAAGGGAUUGAGGAUCAGGGGUUAGAAGACAUAAACCAAGUCUGCCCAGUUCCCUUCCCAAUCCUACAAAGGAGCCUUCCUCCCAGAACCUGUGGUCCCUGAUUCUGGAGGGGGAACUUCUUGCUUCUCAUUUUGCUAAGGAAGUUUAUUUUGGUGAAGUUGUUCCCAUUCUGAGCCCCGGGACUCUUAUUCUGAUGAUGUGUCACCCCACAUUGGCACCUCCUACUACCACCACACAAACUUAGUUCAUAUGCUCUUACUUGGGCAAGGGUGCUUUCCUUCCAAUACCCCAGUAGCUUUUAUUUUAGUAAAGGGACCCUUUCCCCUAGCCUAGGGUCCCAUAUUGGGUCAAGCUGCUUACCUGCCUCAGCCCAGGAUUCUUUAUUCUGGGGGAGGUAAUGCCCUGUUGUUACCCCAAGGCUUUUUUUUUUUUUUUUUGGGUGAGGGGACCCUACUCUGUUAUCCCAAGUGCUCUUAUUCUGGUGAGAAGAACCUUACUUCCAUAAUUUGGGAAGGAAUGGAAGAUGGACACCACCGGACACCACCAGACACUAGGAUGGGAUGGAUGGUUUUUUGGGGGAUGGGCUAGGGGAAAUAAGGCUUGCUGUUUGUUCUCCUGGGGCGCUCCCUCCAACUUUUGCAGAUUCUUGCAACCUCCUCCUGAGCCGGGAUUGUCCAAUUACUAAAAUGUAAAUAAUCACGUAUUGUGGGGAGGGGAGUUCCAAGUGUGCCCUCCUCUCUUCUCCUCCUGCCUGGAUUAUUUAAAAAGCCAUGUGUGGAAACCCACUAUUUAAUAAAAGUAAUAGAAUCAGAA